CUUUCUACUCGGCAAGUUAUCCAAUUGCCGUCGUGAGAUAAUUCUUCUCUUUUCAAACCACGUUGGAAAUCUCGUCUAUCGUCCCAAUUUAUUUUCAGAAAGCAUUCUAGUAAUCUUUCGGAUCAAACGUUUUAUUAAAUAAAUCGCUAUGGCUGUUGGCAAGAACAAGGGGCUGUCAAAAGGCGGCAAAAAAGGAUUAAAGAAGAAGAUCAUUGAUCCGUUCACCCGUAAGGACUGGUACAAUGUACGAGCCCCGUGUAUGUUCACCAACCGGGAUGUAGGCAAAACUCUUGUCAAUCGUACCCAGGGAACGAAAAUUGCAUCUGAAGGAUUAAAACAUCGUGUAUUUGAAGUCUCGUUAGCCGACUUGCAAGAAGACGAUGGAGCUGAAAGGAGUUUCCGUAAAUUCAAGUUAAUUGCCGAAGAUGUAAAGGGCAGAAAUGUUCUGACCAAUUUUCAUGGCAUGGACCUUACCACUGAUAAAUUGCGAUCGAUGGUUAAAAAAUGGCAAACUCUUAUUGAAGCCAAUGUAGAUGUUAAAACUACCGACGGCUAUUUGUUACGUGUGUUUUGCAUUGGAUUUACAUCUAAAGACCAAUUGUCUACUAGAAAGACAUGCUAUGCUCAACAUACUCAGGUAAGAGCAAUUAGGAAGAAGAUGGUAGAAACUAUUACUGAAGAAAUAGUUAAAUCUGACCUCAAAGAAGUGGUCAACAAGCUCAGACCCGACUCUAUCGCUAAAGAAAUCGAAAAGAAAUGUCAAAGUAUCUAUCCUUUACACGAUGUUUUCAUUCGCAAGGUGAAAGUGUUGAAGAAGCCACGUAUGGACAUUGGUAAAUUGAUGGAAUUCCAUUCUGACGAAGGUGUGACUACGGUUAUUGAUGAAGAAACGGGUGUGCAGGUUGACAGGCCUGAAGGUUACGAACCUCCAGUCCAAGAAUCUGUUUAAUUUAUGGAUUUUUAUAAAUAAAACUAAUAAACCAUUUA